GCCACCGCCCUUCGUACCGUCGCGACCUCGGUAGACCGGCCCUACCUCUGCGGCGCGUCCGCGUCCGUACGCACGCAUGCACGCACGCACGCAACGAGACGCAACGCUAACGCAACGCGACGCGACGCGUCGCGACGUAACGACGACCUGAUUGAGCGCCACUGCGCUCGUUUCGCGUGUAAUUCGCGCUCAGGCGGAGAGCAACAGCGGAGACAUCGGUUGGUUGCCCACCGUAGACGCCGUGAGUGAGUGUGUGGGUACACACGCGCGCGCGCUCGCUCGUUCGCUCGCUCGUUCGUUCGCUCGCGCGAAUUGUGUGUGUGUGUGUGUAUAUAUGUGCGCGCGUAUGUGAUGGGUCUGAUUCGGGGCUCUCGUAAGCGCUCGAUGGUCGAGCAUCGUCGCGCACACGUCGCCGCACCUACGUCGGGCGGCGCCGCGAGAUCGGCCGCGAGCACCGCCACCCAUUAAACGACCGCUCGUCGUUCUCCGUCGCGACGAAGACGCGAGAUCAGUCGGCGGAAGUGCCGGUGCGGAAGUGUCGGUGUUCAGUGAUCAAUGAACUCUGCUUGAUGCGUACUGGUAUCGAGGCGUGCUAGCAGCGGUACACACAAACAGCGACGAGGACAGCGGCUGUGGUGACGGCGACCCGGCAGAUAUGAUGACAUAAUACGGAUUUAUCGAUUGAACUCUUUUUGAGAGAACACGCAUUAACAGUUUCUUCAUAAAACAAUAGAUGCUCGAAAAUGAAUGAUAUAGAAGGUUUUGGCAUGAAGGGUACAAAGAUGCCUCAUAGUCAUUCUACACCAGCUGGUGUGGACGGAGGUAGUAGAACACCUCCAGCAACACCGCGGAAAGCUGGAAAAAUGCUCGCAGUACGUGUACAGAUGUUGGAUGACAGUAUUACAAUGUUUCAAGUGCAGGCCAAGGCGCUAGGUAGAGUGUUGUUUGAUCAAGUUUGUAAGCAAUUGCAUCUUUUAGAAGCGGAUUAUUUUGGUCUUGAGUAUCAAGAACCGAACUUAACAAGAUAUUGGUUGGAUUUGGAGAAACCAGUGUGCAGACAAGUCGGUUUGUCUUUAAUCGAUCCUCUAUUGAGGUUCUGUGUUAAAUUUUAUACGCCAGAUCCUGCACAACUCGAGGAAGAGUUUACAAGAUAUUUAUUCUGUCUACAAAUUAAACGGGAUUUAGCUCAAGGUUUACUGCAAUGCAAUGAUAACACAGCAGCAUUGAUGGCCAGUUAUAUCGUCCAAGCUGAAUGCGGGGACUAUGUGAUAGAAGACUAUCCAGACCAUACGUAUUUAUCAACAUAUAAAUUUGUGCCUCAUCAAGAUCAAGAAUUGGAACGACGUAUUAUGGAGAAUCAUAAGAAACACGCAGGUCAAUCUCCUGCAGAGGCAGACCUCAAUCUUUUAGAGACAGCUCGACGUUGCGAACUGUAUGGAAUGAAAAUGCAUCCAGCUAAGGACCAUGAGAACGUUCCGCUAAAUCUAGCAGUGGCGCAUAUGGGGAUCGUGGUAUUUCAAAAUUAUAAUAAAAUAAAUACAUUCAGUUGGGCCAAAAUCAGAAAAAUCAGUUUCAAACGGAAACGUUUUUUAAUCAAAUUGCAUCCUGAGGGUUAUGGUUAUUAUAAGGACACGGUCGAAUUUUUCUUUGAGGGACGUAAUGAGUGUAAAAACUUUUGGAAAAAAUGUGUAGAAAACCAUGGUUUCUUUCGUUGCUCUGUAGUUAAAAGAGUCGUAAGGCAGAAGACUAGAGUGCUUAGCCGUGGAUCGUCGUUCAGGUAUAGCGGCAAGACUCAGAAACAAAUCGUCGAAUUUGUUCGGGACAAUUAUGUGAAGAGGCAAACGUUUCAAAGGUCCAAUUCGUUCCGGCAGACUAGCGGUGGUAGGGCAUUGCAGGGCUCGGAGGGGGGAGGCUAUCGUGGGGCCACUCCAAGCAGCUCCCUUAUGGGCAGCUCCAGCAUCUCUGCCCACCCCCUCCUGCCCCUCGGCGAUCCUGCCCUGGCAACCCCAGCUCUGUCUCUGUCAUGCGGCUCGAUGACACUGGAUUCUCCGACGACUGUGACGAGUGUCUCGAUGGGCGGGACGAUUCACCGUCGAGAAGACACAGCUACGUCAUUUCGGACUCUCACCUCUAUCGACGUCCAUUCGCCAGCUACCCCCAGCCAGGUCCCAGCACCGCGGCAGAUGCAUGCUACCAGUCAACAACGGAUUUCAUCAACAGGUCGUAUCAGCCCCUCUAACAGCAGUCCCCCUGAAUUCCCACCACCACGACCUAUGCCCAGACACCCCUGGCAACGGUCGGCUAGUUGUCGCGAGCUAUAUGCUUCUAGUUUCGAGGAUUCCGGUAAAGCGCGACCGCGGGACGAUAAGGUCACCGCGGAGCCUCUAUUAGAGCCAUUCCAAUUGCCUUCUCAGGGCGAACUAGAUAACCCCGUGACACGUUACGACGAGAGUAAUCGUUCGUAUAGCGCUGCUAGUUCGAAAUUACCCUCCUUAGAUCACGAUUCUGUCCCCGAGCGAGUCUACAGCAGUUCCUACCCGGGAACGUCGUCGUUGUCUACCGAAUCGGGUCAUGAGGAAUCGGGUCCCGCUGGAGAUCUGUCUCACGACGAUCUCUCGCACGAUUCUUACGAGCUUUUAGAACGCGAGCAUGAAUUCGAGUAUCCGGAGUCGUAUUCUAGCCCGCACGACGAGCACGAACCAAUAUCCGAUCAGAGUGACGAAGGGAUCGAGCACGAGAUGUUCCAAAUGGAUUCCGAGACCGAUUCCUUCGUCAAGCACAGAUCGUUGAAAGCUACCGAGAAACAACAAUACAAGUCCGCGCUCACUGAUCUUAAAAACUCUAGAACUAAGUCCAUCGAUCGGUACUCAGCCGUAUCUAAGCCAGAUGGUGAUUACAUUAUCACCGAAUCUAGGAUACAACGGUCGAGCACACAGAUAGAACGCAAGUUCGAGACACGACACGCCAAUUCCGUGGAACAGCCGUCCAAGACCACUGUUUCACAUCAGGAUUCCGCCAGAAAAGAUCCCGUUAUCUUGCAGGUACAGAAACAAAAGGUUUCUGUCCUGAACGAAUUAAAGAACCUAAAACCCAAAUAUAAGAUUACUCACGUAGACUCGGAGGUUUUGCGAGACGAGGGUAUCAUGCGUCCCAAAUCGCGAAUAGACGACGACUUGAGCCCGGUCGACAGUAGUAGAACGACAUUUGAUCACAGUGCGAGAGGUAGGACGACCAGAGCGCGUAGUAUCGCCAGUUUGGAGGAUCACGCGCCGCGGUUGUACGUCGAGACAGGUAGCUUAGGCCGGGGACACAAGUCUAGGGAUAGGAAAUCGCGGGAGGUGGACGUUAAGAUUGAGAAAGUCUUGUCGAAGAUGCAAGAAAAGGAGCGUAGAAGCGUCGAGAGGGAGGAACGAAAGCGGGUUGAGAGGGAUUACUCGAGUCGGCGAAUGGACAAGAACGAUUCUCGAGAACGUCGCUCGAUGGAUCGGCUGGAUUCGCGCGAACGGAAGUCGGACGGGCACGGCCGUCGUAGUAUAGACCGGGUCGACAUGCGCGAGUUGCGUAGGAGCAUCGAGCGGCUCGACGUGCGCGAGAGGAGUUACGAGCACCUGGACUCGAAGGAAAAGAGUGCCUUUUAUUACAGUGAUUUCUACGAAAUGCGUGGCAAGAGUGUCGAUCGUUUAGACUCUCAAGGAUUACGCAGUAGUAUGGAGUACCUAAGAAGUCCUAAGGAGAGAAACAAUCAUCGGCAUUCGGAUACGCGGGAGCGCAGAGAAAGGAGCAUCGAGCGAAUCGAUUCUCGAGAGUCGAGGAAGAACAGAGCAGCCUCCAUCGACUACGAUCAGAGGCAUACCUUGGAGCGUUUCGAUUCGGGCAAUAGGAGCCCGUUCGAGCGGUUGACUCCGAAGGAACAGCGGAGAAUGAGCAUAGAGAGGCUGGACUCCCAAAAGUCGACAUUCGACUUUGAUCCGCGUGCGAUUGAACGUUUGAAAUCGUUGGAGCGUUACGAGCAGAGAGAUCGUAGUUACGAGAGGAAGGUCGAAUCGAGAAGCACCGAGCGAAAGAGUCUGGAGAAGCUGGACUCGCGCGAGCGAAAGUACCUGGGACGUUUGGAGUCGCGGGAAGGCAGGAGUCUCGAAUGUCUGGAUUUGGACAAUGCGGAGCGCAGAAAGAACAUCGAGAGAAUGGAGUACAAAGAUCAAAAGAGAAGCAGGAGCAAGCCCGAGAGAGGCAAGUCAGAGGAGAAGCCGCGAGAACGCGACGAUUGGAAGAGCCUGGAGAAGGCGCGAAAAGACGACGAGAGACGCGAACGCGAGCGACAGGCGAAAUUGUCUAUCGAGUCUCGCACGGAAACUGUCAUCGGCGUGCCGCACGAGGUGGAGAAUUUCAAACCCAAGGCCGUGUUCGCUGAGUACGAGCCGAAGGUGGUCGGCGGCAUCGUGCUCGGCUUCGACGAGACUGCGUUGCCCGGCCACGUGCCGGUGGAACGCACCAAGAGCGAUCCGAAUCCCGCGCGGCAGAGAUUAGGCUCCAACAGCAAGCGGCACAUGCUGAUGCAUCAGAAGUCCAUCGACCUAACUCCGGCCGAUUCCGGCGACGAGGAGCCAUUCUCGGAUAGCGCGACAAUUCAGAAGACUAAUGUCGACAUCCCGUAUAUACUGCACAAGAGACACGUGAUGAACGGCACCGCAUCCGACGAGAAAUCCGAAUCGGACAGUAGCAAGACCUCGAAGAACGUCAAGAGCAUCGCCAAAGACUUGCCGAAGUUGCCAUUGAAAAUAGUAACCGACAUUUCGUACUUCGAUCUGACUAAGCUCUCUUCGAUAGAUAAGGCUAGCAAUAAACCACCUCCGGAUAAACCGAAGACCAUCGCGGUUACCACCACCACGAGACCGAAAUCUAUAUUGAGCCCGUCGGACAAGCCGAAGAGUAUUUUAAGUCCAACGUCGAAACUUUCGCCCACUGAUCCGAAGAGUAUCGUUUGCAGUUUAUCGCCCACUAACCGAAGCCCUUCGAAAGUAAACGCAAAGACGCAGGCUUCCGAUAAACUGUCACAAAAGGGCGGCUCGUUAGAUAGAAACAGAGCGGAGGUUAUCAUCGAAGAUUACACGUGCAAAAAAUCCUCAAGUCUGGAUAAGAAGCCAUCGAAAUUAUCGCCGGUGGAACCGAAUGUCACCAUUAUCUCGACGCUGGAGAAACGCUCGCCUAAGAAGUCACCGACCGAUCCUAAUGUGACUAUCGUCUCUAUGAUACAGAAAAAGAAAUCGGCAGACGGUGCACCGAGAAGUCCUACUAACGUCGCGAAAGUAGUGGACAUCAAACUGAAGGCCGCUCUGAACUUCGCCGAUAUCGUGGGUAUGGAGAUGAAGCAAAACCUGGAACGUCGGGCGAAAGUGGAGAAGGAUAGUCUGAAGAUGCCGGACGACAGUUUAGAAAAGCAAGACAGUAUCGAGAAGAUACCGUUGCCCGAAAUACCUCCUGUUGAAAUGCUGGAGGAUCUGGAGAAAAUUACACUCACUGCAGGUGACCAAGCAAGAAGCGUCGACCAGAUGAUUAAGGAGCCGAUCUAUUCGCCGAAACGAGCCGUUGACGACUUGUCCGCGUCCGACGAUGAUCGGAAGCAGAACAAUGUGCAAUCUGUGGUAGCUGAAGUUCAUAUCUCGGCUUCGAUUAAGACGGAAAUUACGGCGGAGAAGCCACCGAUUCCGGAGAAACCGAAGACGCUGGAGAAACCGAGUAUUCCUGAGAAGACGAAACGAAUCUUGGAGAGGAUAGAAUCGAAAUUCUCGGAGGUCAGUAAAAAUUCCGCCACGAAAAUCUCGAGACCUAAGAUCAUCGAUACGGGAUUCGAUGAUUUCGUGGACCCAGUCGCCGACUUGCCUUUGGACGAAGUGCCUGUGAAACCUGCUUUAGAAUUGGAUAGCCUUAAAGUUCCUGAAUUCGUUCCCUUCAUGUUGAGACCGCACGCGGAACCGUUAAGAUCGAAGUCCCUGUCGCUGGCGGAAGAGAAGGCACCGAUCGACACUCUGCUCUCACCAGAGAUGGAGAACAAACAUUUUGUGCAAGAUGUUUCUCCUAAGAGGGUGAAGAAAGUGAAGUCCGAGCCGAAGAAAGACUUUAAGAAGCAAUCAAAAUCGUUGGAGGGCGAUAAACCGCCGCUGAAGAAAGCCGCGUCGAAGGAAUCGCGUGCCACGGCGGUGAAUACAAAAAUCGAUAAGUCCAAGUUGAAACUCGGCGAAAUGCCGCAAGAAAUUAUAAUAAUUGACUCGACCGACGUGGCGCCUGAGAUCAGCAUUGUUCAGAAAGGUAGAUCAAAAUCCGUAACCAGAUUGUCCGACAAGCCAUUCUCCACGUCGAAGGAUGAGAAGGAUGACACGAAAACACGUGCGAAAUCCGCCUCCGUCGAUGACGAUUUGAUUAAAGGCGCUGUGAAGUCCGAGAAAUCCAGACCGAAGUCACUGGGAAUAUCGAAGAGCUUGGGAAGCACGGAGAAGAAAGACUCUGUCGAAAAAAUCUCUCCAAAGAGAACCAUCGCCUCUAAAGCUGCCGCCAAGCUGGAUUCAAAAGUUGAAAGUAAACCUCCCGUGGCGAAAGAUGCGGUAUCGAAGCAGGAUUCGAAAGUGGCACGCGGUAAAACGGCGGCGAAACCGGAACCGAGCACCGAGGAAGCCGUUGUCGAGUCGAAGCAAGUUCGACAGGAAAAAGACUCUAAGCCGUGUGUUAAGCCUGACGUGGUGAUCGAUCAGCUGGCGAAUGUUAAACAGGUCGUAGCGGUUGAUGGAUCUAGGGAAUCCGUCAGUAAGGAGUCAGUGAAGGUGGCAGAAAAAGAGUCGACCAAGGAGCCAAGUAGAGAACCGAGCAAAGAGCCGACAAAGGACAGCGUGAAGAAGACUGCGCUCGCUCAAGAUCUAACCCAGCCUCCGUUGGUGUUACGCAAACCAGGACAGACACCGAUACUGUUCGCUCGCGCGCGUCUCGGCCUUUCGGAAGGCAGCGGCAUUGGCGUACUUCAACGUCAAGGUGCCACACAGUCACCCACCUCUCAACGACGCGCCAAGUCUUUGGACGCCGCGGUGAUCUCCGUGCACAGACUUCCGCCAGCGAACGCGUUCUCCAGUAAAGACGACACGGUGGACAUGUCGGAGAACAUGGAGGAUAAGGAGAACGCCGGUGAGAAUGAAGCCGCGCAAAGUGCGAGCGCGUCGAAGGUGCAAUCGAUGCAGAUAGAGGCUUCCCCGAAUCACAAGUCCGAUAGCACCGAUCACACGACUGUUCCGGAGAUCUGCACCGAUUCUCUGUCCGUCACCGAGACCUCAGCGCAGUAUCUAGAAUCACCGUUGACGGAGUGCAACGAAAUCGUGGCCAGCGUCGAUCUGAUACCUUACGAGCAGGAAAGAAUACCAUUUAUGGGUUAUAAAGACGGAAACGAGGCGCAAACGUUGAAGAUCGCGGAGGAUGUCAAGGUGGACGAGGCGACGAGAUUCAUCGAUCAGAGUUCCGUCGAGUCCAGCGCGGAACAAGAAGCUUGUCAGGAGAAAGUUGGCGUUUCGAAAGAUAUUCAGCCAGAGAAAGACAAGUCGGCAGUUUUGAUAAUCUCCGUGAAGAAUAUCAAUGUGGAAACGGUUGUUAGCAAGCAAAAACAAACCGAACUACCGACUGCUAUCGAAAGUCACGUCGAGGAAACAGAUACUGCGAAAAUCGACGAAACGACGAAAGCACCAUCUCGCUCGGAAAUACAAUUUACUCUUGUCAAAGCCGAGGACUCGAAAAGCUCGUCCGAGAGGGAUGACGUUCCCGACGUGACUAUAAGUGCAGUCAGAGAAGACGAAGAAUCCUUCCCUAGACGCUACGAUCAGGACGAUCCUCCAGAUAUGGUCAGGUCGCCGAUACAGAUAUCUAUCGAAGAGUGCUCGGACGAUGAGGUGAAUCCGGAAGAAGAAGAGGAAGAACUAGAACGAGAACAAGAGAUUGACGAGCGCGAAGAGGAGGAGAACAAACGACUCGACUCCCUCGAUACGAGCGAAGACACACUCGACGCACUCGACACGCAGGUGCAGAUGCGAGGUGUCGACAGCGAGCUGAGUUCACCUGAUUAUGGUGUCGAUAAGAUGGACGAAAAGACAUUGGUUGAAGUCGAGUUAACGCCCGAAUAUCUAGAAAUGCGAAAGGAAGACGAAGAGACUGCGGAAGAUCUGCCUGAAGACGAACCGGCCAAGGAAGCUGCAGAGAUUGCAGACACUAAUCGUUUGUCCAUCGACAGGAAGCUCAGAUUGAGCACCGAACGUUCGAGGAGCGAGGAGACCAACACUUGGACACCAGACAGAGAAGAUCCAGACUCCAGUUCGUGUUCCAUCGCGCGGCCGUUGGGAAUCGGGCAGAUACAACCGAUAAUAGAUCGUCGAGAAAUUGCCAUGAUCGAAGGCGCUCGUAACAGCGGCUCCCUGGAGGAGGACAUUAGCAACGGGUCGCAGCCUCCGCUGAAACAGGAGAUGAGUUCCACGUGGAAGUCGUUCCCGCUCGAGAGCUCCGGUAGCUCCAGUUUGGAGGAAGGCUGGGCGCCUCAGGACGAGAAUAACGCGCAACAAUCGCAAAGUGAAGACAGCAACGGCCAAAACGAGGACAGUUUUCAAGAGGACCUAGCAGACUUUCCCGGCUCUUUCAUCUACCCCAUUGGACCCGAGAUAUUGGCCAACUACGGCGCUUUCUCGCUCUCGCGCACUUUAUCUAGAAUAUCCGAGCGAUCAACCACGUCAGAGCAAGACAAGAGCGAUUUGGAAGAUUCCUUCAAGCCCAGUUCGAGGUCGCCAAGCCUUGACGACGAGUCUCUAAUAUCGAGCGAUCACCAGCCGUCCUUGUCGUCGGAUCCUCCGUCCGGAACGGCGUUACCAUCCGUUUCCGACGACCGCAGAACUUCCUCCGAGUUACCGGACAUCCCUAUAGACGUGAUUGGCGCUCAAGAGGACGACUCCAGGUCGCCGCGAGCGAACAGGCGUUCACGGUUGCAGCUGCAAAGCUCUGAAGACUGGCCAUCGCCACCGAGUUCUCCUGUCUUCGACACACCGGUGAUGAGUCACGUAGAGACGUUUUACAUGGAGAUCAAGCCGGAAGAGGCAGUUAAAGUCACCGUGACGGACAGCACUGAGACACCCGUUCAGGCGGAGCAAGACAGCGACUCCAGCGAUGAGAAUAGAACCCUGCACGACGAUCUUCACUCGACUCUCUUGGAGGACGGACAAAGUUCAACUUCCGCGACGGUCGACGGUACGGUUAAGAUAGCGGUAAAACCGAAAUCGAAUUCGUAUAUAACCGGCUCGUCACACAGCGAAGAUACGUCAAUGGGCCUAUCGAUGUCCGAGUGGUCUAGCUCGAACAACACUGUGCGCCAAUUUUGCCAAUACUCCGGCACGAAAUCUGAUGACAACUCAUUGGCGGAACUCGGCGCCUCGAUCUCCGACUGGUCGGGCAGCACGACGGUGAUACCGCAACAGUACUAUUCGACGAUGGCCGCGGACAAGAGUCAAAGCGACACCACGACGUCCGAUAGGAGCGCGACGAGUAUGCGACCCAACUCCAAAUGUCAGACCGCUGACAGUUCCUCCCUUCCGUCACCACCGUCCCCGUCCUCGUUCCCACUGCCCCUCUCACCACCGCUGCCUUCUCCUCCCGCGACGGCCACGUCUGCGUUUCAAUUUGAACACGAAGUCGUCGGUCCCGCGGUCGAAACGCAGCACGAGGCUUCGCAAGACGACGAUACACUCGAGGACGACGAUUCCACGCGGCAAAGUCGCACGCAUGGCGACGAGUUUGACGAAGCGCGACGGUUCAUCGAGAGCCAGUUCGAUGAACACCGUCGGCUGCGUCGCUACGAUGACGAGCAGCAGGUUGCUUACCCGGAAUACACCGACAUCUCGCCACCUCGCAUUACUCUGCGGAAUGAAUACGACGAGGCGAUUGACGAUGACUUCCAAAUGGUCCCAGACGAGGAGACAAUUUGCGUGGACGACACGGCACUACCGAUACCCGAGGAGGACGAAGAGGAUCAAUUGUACGAUAACGUGCCCGCUAUGAAGUAUUCCAGUAGCGACAAAGUGCGAAUGGAGGUGGGCCGCGGCGAUAGCUCGGAGGACAUGCAUGAGAAAUACGCGGAUCUCACGUUACAGUCGAGAAUGGCGGAGGAUGAUUGGUCCUCCGAGGAGCGGAAGGACGUGCCGGAGACGACGAAACCGAUAAGGAUCAUGAGUAAGUUCGAUCGCGGUUUCUCCGAACCAAGUCCUCACGAGUCGGGCAGGUACCAAGGCACGAGAUCGACCGAGCGACCCGUGAUGGUACCUAUCAGAGCGAAGUCGACCCCGUACUACUCCACGACGAGCUUGAGUGGCGAGUCGACCACGUCCAGUCCGCCUAUGCAGAUCAGAACACAAAUCAGAACGAAGACGAUGCCGUAUUCAUCGAGUCGCAGUCCACAGAGCGAGGGUGACACCUCCUCGAGCAUGGACAGUCCGGCGCACACACCUGACCGAGGUCAAAGGGCCUUUCGCCGGAAACGGCAGCAGAACGUCAAGAGACGACACCGCGUGGCUGUCGAUCUUGAGAUCAAGGACGGCCACAUAGUCUCUAGCACGGAUUCUAGCUUCGACGUGACGACUAUACCGCCGCCUCUAUUGACGGAGGGUCAGAGUCUUGACGUGGACGACGACGAGGAUGACGACGAGAUGUCCGAGACGAAAGACGAGAGGGAACGACGUCGCCAACAGCGUUGACACGAUGUCGGCGAGCGACGCUAAAAACAGACGCUCGAGAGGAAGUGAGCUCGAGAGCUGAUAGAAGAAGAAUAGAAUUCGUAGGGAGAGUUUCCAGUCGCGUGGAAUUGAACGCACACUUAGAAUUGAUAGACUCAUGCCGUUCUUCGUCGAACAAACAAACAAGCAAACAAGCAAGCAAACGAACGCGCGCGCGAUUGGUC